AUGUAUUUAAAAAAAAAUAUAUUUUAUUUUUAUAAAAAAAACAAAUUUGCUUUUUAUUUAGGUAGUACAUGGUUUUUAUUAAUAAAUAGUAGUUUGUUGUUUAGUUUAAAAUAUUACAAAAAUUUCGAAAGUCGCCAUCCUUAUAUUUUUGAUGCAAUAAAUAUUUUAAAAUUAUAUUUAGAUUUUUCAAAUAAAGAUUGUCUUAAAUUACUAAAAAAAAAAGGUAACAUAGACUCUUCUAAUAAAAGAGCUAAAUGUGAAUUACUUUUUUCAUUUAAUAAUGAAAAAAUAUAUCUUAACAUAAAUGCUAUCAAUAUAAAAAAAAAAAAAGAUUCUAAUAGUUACGAUGAUGAAAAUAAAGAUAUUUCGUUAUAUUUAGAAAAUCCGUUUUUAAUAAAAAAGGAAAUAAAAAAUUGUAUUGCAAAAAUAAAAUCAUUUUUAUUUUCUUUUAUUGCAAGUGAUGAUAAUGAAAAAAAUAAUUUAAAAAAUGAAGAUAGAAUAUUUAAUGAGAACAGGGAUUUAGCAAAUAAAAAAGAAGAAAUUCAUAAUAUAAUUAGAAAUGGAUCUACGUGGAAAAUAGAUAAUAUAAUACUGGUUAAAAAAAAAAUUGAUCAAAAUGAUGAAAGAUCUAAAUUAUUUUUUAUUAAUAAUUUUUUUAACAAUUUUUUUAAUUAUUCUUAUCAAAUAGAUGCUAUAUAUGGUAAUCCCAUAGAUAAUUCUUAUUUUUAUAAAUAUGACAAUAAGAAGAAAACUUUUAAUAAUACUCAAAAAAAUUUAAUGAAAGUUAUGUUAUUUGCAUUUUUCUUUUCAUCCAUUUUAGCAAUUAAAAGAAUAUUUAUAUAUAAAAAUUCUUAUUCUAGUUUAAAUUUUGUUAAACAUUUUGUAUGUAAUAAUAAAAAUCUUCACAAUAUUUUAGGUAAUAAUCAAAUUCAUAUUUUAAGUAUAUCUGGUAUACAUGAGAAAAAUUAUCUUAACAGCAAAAUUUUUUUUCAAGCAAAAGAAAAGCAAGGAGUUAUACAAAUGACUGCAACAAGAAAUGGUGUAGAUAAACAUUUUUCUCUUUUACAUGCUAAAUUAUUAUAUAAUUAUGAAAUUAUAGAAUUAAAAAAAAAUUAA